UUUUCAUUUACAGAUUUUAGAAACAUCUCAGUUGGGAGAGCGAGAAAGAUGCCGGAAUCGAACACUUCUUCUCAUUCUUCUCUCCCUCUCUCUGCCAUGGAAUCCCAAAAGCCCUCCUCAAACCUUCACCCUCUCUCCUUCCUCUCCUCCUUUCUCCACCAACAUUGCUCCCGUCUCGGCUCUGAAAUCUCCACCCGACUCGACUGCGCCAAGCGAUUCGCUGCGAACGCCGUAACGUUUCGGCCCAAGCUCCACCCCGCGGGCUCCGCUCCCUUCGCCUCCGUUCUUCAGGACACGUGGCAGCCCAAGCACGUUUUCGACAUCGCGCUGAGCACCGAGUACGUCGCCAAGACGAUGGCCGGGACGCCCGUCUACACCGUCAGCAAUUCCAACAACGAGUUCGUCCUCAUCUCCGAUCCCAACGGCGCUAAAUCGCUCGGCCUGCUCUGCUUCCGUCAUGAAGAUGCCGAGGCCCUUCUUGCACAGGUUCAGUUGCGACAGCCGGUUUUAGGGCGUGGAGCUAGAGUUGUACCUAUUACCCUCGAUCAGGUCUAUAUGCUGAAAGUGGAAGGAAUUGCAUUUCGUUUUUUGCCUGAUCCCACUCAAAUAAGGAAUGCAUUAGAGCUAAAAGCUGCAGAUCGUACAAAGGGAUUUGAUGGAGUUCCGGUUUUUCAGUCAGACCUUUUAGUUGUAAAGAAGAAGAACAAGCGCUAUUGCCCCAUAUACUUCCAAAAGGAAGAUAUAGAGAGAGAACUUUCAAGGGUCUCAAAGGCAUCAAGAGGAGGCCUCUCACAGCACAUAAUGGUUGGGUGCUUGGAAGAUGUUCUGAAAAAGAUGGAGAUGAACAAUAAGAACUCUGGUUGGGAAGAUCUAAUCUUCAUCCCACCCGGUAAAAGCUACUCCCAACAUAUUAAGGAGGUGGCAGCGUGAUACGGAGGACAUGGGGCAUUCCUUUUCCCUUCUGGAAGGAUCAGAGAUGCUUGGCCAUAUGUGCUUUACGAAAGCCAGGUCAGACAAUAAUCAUCUUGAUUUCAUUUCUCAUUUGCAUAGAAUAUUUCAGUUCAAAUGGGUCUAAGUUCACCCUCUUGAGGUGAGUGAAAUGAAUUCGUUGACAUUCAGAUUGUUCAGCGGAGUAGCUCAAAGAUGUACUGAGGAGAGAGACUUUUUUUUAAGUUACUGCACAGCUAACAUCAGGGUUCACAGAAAGAUGUCUGAAAAAAUGCCGACACCGACCACUAUUAGCGGGUCGAUAGUACUAUAUCUGUACAUUAAUGGCCUUACUGCUGUUUCAUCCAUAAAGAUAGUCAAGUAAUUCAAUUGUUAUGUGGCAUUUUCUUUAAUGUCAGGCUUCGUUUUGGUCCUAA